UUAGUUUCAAGGGAUUGUCUAAAAAAGAGAUAAGUUGUUCCAUCUGUUAUUUCUAGGUCGCUGUGACAAGCAUAGAUUAUGAGGAAAAACAGCAAAAAGGCAAUGGCGGCUAUUCUUUAGGCGACUAUUGAAUUUAUUAUGAAAAAUUUCGGAAAAAUGUGAUCUACGUGUUGAUUGAAGGAAAACAUAUUCGAGGUGUGGCCCAAAGGCGGAGGGAUGAUAUUGCUCCUAGGAAUAGAGAUGGCACACAGUAUGUGCAGACAAUGGCUGACAAACAAAUAGAGCAGUCGCUGAGUUCAAUGAGUAACGAAUGGUUGUUGAUAGUAGAUCAGAUAGGAAAGAUCGUCGGCUGGCAGGAAGGAGUAAAAAAUCGAGUGUGCCUAAGUAAUGAGCGAGACUCGGCAUCAUCUUCACUCGGUUUCGGACUUGUAUGCAGCCGACGAGAUAGAAGUACUUUUGUUGGAAGAAAUUCGUGACCUGGAAUUACCUGCCUCUGCGUAUUCUAGACCUGAGGAUAUACAAGAUUUUGACAUCGCAGGUAGUAGGACAGGGGGGCAAAUUAGCUCCCAACCUUUGGAGCUGGAUUCACCAGGGGUCCAUUCGACAGUCCAUUCAUGGGACUCGCAUGCUAAUUAUCAUGGUCACUAUGGCUAUGGUGAUCACCAUGACACUUCCUCCAAUGCUUUGGCUUGGCCAAGAACAAGCCAUUUGGUUCUUUACUGUGACAUACAGGGACAUCUUAAAACAGCUAUCGGCGUUGUUAGACUUUUACUGCUUAUAUCAUCUGCAGCGUGUUUGGCAACAUUAUGCAGCUCCGGCACUGCCAAGGUCAGCUUAUUUAUGUUGCCUUUAGUCGGGCGGCUGCGUUUCAUGAUCUUUGUAGCAGUUUUCUGUUUUUUGAUCACUGCAUUGCUCCUCUUCCUUGAUAUUUCGCAUGUUAUCUAUGUUUUUCCUUUCAAUUGGGCUAAAUUGAAUGCUUGGGUAUUCACUGGUAUAGGCUUAUCUUAUGCCUUGAGUAGUGCGUUAUUAGCAUGCUCCAUAUGGGAAUAUUACAGUGGAGGUUGGGUACCAAAACGCACUCGUUCUCAGUUAUCUGCUGCGGCAGUACUUGGAUUAUCAUGUGCUAUUUUAGCAUUUUUACUUUCAUGGAUACAUGGUCGCAGUAGAUCAAGUUGUAGGAAUCCAGAUAGUCGUAAUCAUACACCGACGCAACUUUAUAAACCUGUUGAUAAUUCUUCCUCUUCUGGAGUUACUCUGAAAGAACGAAGCCCUAAGAGGCCAGAUUCGUGGGUUGUAAAGAAUCAACAGUCCAAGAAACAAAAUACAGAUAGUGAUACAAAUACAAAUAAUGGCCAUCACGGGAACGAUACUCAUUCAAGAUAUAAACAAGCCGCUAAAAGAAAGGAUCAUUGGGCUUCUGCGAGACAGCAUUUCUUACCCUCCGAAGAGAACAAUGAAGAUAUUCAAAGAGAUGAUGUUAACACCGAAAGGAGGAGAAGAAGACGAAGAAGAAACGGUGAUAGUAGUUCGACAGGCGAUGGAAAUUUAAUAAGUAAUAAAACCGAUAGUGAUCAUAUUAUUGAAGAUAACAAACCUAGACGAGUGCCGCGUAAACUAGCUCUCCAGUCGGUAGAGCAAUCACGACCUUGGCCUGGUGCUGAACGCGGUAGCAGUAGUUCAAUGCAAAUUAGAAACAAAACUUUACAAAUCCCAGUGAACAAUAACGCACAGGAUUAUUGUGGCAUAGAUGAAUCUAGUUCGAUGCAAGUGACUCAAAAUGGUUUUCAUUGGGAAAUGGAAUGUACAUCUAGUAUCAGUAUAGAGAAAACAACAACAGAAAUAGCUAUGGAUCGUACUGCCAUGUGGUCUGGACAAUGGCAUCCACCACCUGAUGACGUUCAACCAUGUUCUAGUAAAACUAUUGAUCCUUACAGCUUUGCCUGAUCAAAUUUCGAAAAUGUAUAAAUAUGUUCUAGAUAAUAUUGGACUCAUUGCAGUGAAUGACUUUUGGGAACAGUUAUAUAGUACAGAAGUUUCCCUUGGAACAAAAUAGUUCCAUAAUAUCAUACUUAAUUUUACUUUUUAUUCUUUAUGUUAAAACAAUAAAUGCAAUAUUUUAUUGUUUUAUCUAUAUGUUAUUUCAAUCAUGAAUUUAUUGAAUGAAAUACGUUUCAAAUUACGUCUAGUCAUGUUAAUUUCAAGGUAGUGCACAGUGAUCACGAGAUACUCUAUUUUAUCAUCUUCUAUGUCUGUUUUCUUGUUCUCUGUGCGUAAAACAAUUUGUUACUUUUUUUUUUUUAACAUAAACUGCUGAUCAGUUAUUUCGUAUAAUUGUGUAAAAUUCUAUUCCACAAUUUAACAAGGGGACACGAAGGACAAAAUUGUAUCUGAAGAUUUGAGAAUCCUGUAUAAAGUUAUUGUUGCCUUGUAUAUUAUGCUGCCAAGAAGAUAAUUUAUCCUUAGUUAACGAUUUUUGACAUUUUGCAUCACACAACCAGACUGCCCAACUUUGAUAUACAGACAAUGUCGUCUCAUUCCAAUUAUAUAAUAAUUAAUAAACCUAAAUAAUAAUGGGAUUAUUUGUAAGUAUAGUUUUUACUAGUAUCUCAACACUAAAGUAUUUCUUUAGAUAUUAUUUUUAUCGUACUUUUAAUACCAAUAUAUUUUAGUUUUAUGUAUACUAAACAAUUCAAUAGUGUUGAUAAAAUAAUAUAAUUAAAUUUACCAAUAUAUUAUUUUGGUCAUUGUUAAAUUUUUCAAUUUAGAUACAAUUGUUUUCUUAUUAGAAUCAGUUCGAUUAUGAUUAUUAUAUGACAAAUCAGUAUGCACGGAACAAACGUUUAAACUGUGUUAUUCCAACUUCUUAAUAUUAAGAUAUGCUCAUUAAAAUAAAUAUGAUUGUUGCACAGAGAUGGACAUAGAAAUGAGUUUUACAAAUAUGAUUAAAAGAAGCAAAUGUUUUUCAUGAUUGUAAUAUAGUGUAAUACAAUAUUUUUUAGUGCUUUAUAAAAUGAUGAUUCAGUUUUUAGAUGCUUAUUUAGUUUAGCAGUCGAAGGACGGUCCAUCUCUAUUUUUGUAAAAGAUACAAGCACUAUUUUCAAUCCCUACAUGUAAUUUAAAGACAAUUAGACGAGGAAUAUAAUGAGCAGCAGUGAGAUUCUGUUACUUCUUUACUUUAACGAAAAUUUCAAGUCAUUUCUAGUCCAGUACUCUUGUAUAAUCUUAUCUCUUAACUGAUUCAUCAAAGAGAAAAGUAAUUUUUAGUACAUACAUAUCGUAUUAGAGGUACAAUUUAUCUUGAAAGUUAUUAAAAACAUUGCAUUUUCUGACCGAUUGGUCCUUAAAAUCUUUUUGUUUUCUGUAUAAGAAGUGACAUAUAAAAUGAAUUACAUUGGGACCUCUGGUUUCUUCAGUUAAUUAAAAUCAUUAUAAUCACACGUAUAUAAAAAGUAACUAAUUUCAACUAGGUUCAUAAGCGACAACUAUUUUGUCUUUUGAUACAAUAUUAGAGUAUACACCCAAAUCAGACAUUUAAUUACAUGUGGGCGUGUUUAACGCGUCAGUUGUUUAAUCAAUUAUAAGAAAAAAAAGUGUGUGUUUAUAUAGAAUCAUACAACAAAAAAGAGGAUAAUAUAUAUUAUAGUAGCUUCGUUGUGGUAAACACAAAUAAUUGUAAUUUGGUUUUUUUUUUUUUAUUUAUUAAACACAACGAAGGAAUAAAUGUAAUUUUUCUUAUACACAGUACAUAUUGAUGUACUAAUGAAGUGUUUGGAAAUACAAAUACAUUUCAUAAGAAAAAUGUUGGAUGGAAAUGUUACAUAGUGCAAGAUAUUUAGCUUAAAAGUUUACCUAAAAUGAUAAAAAAAAAAAAA